GAGAGAUGCAACGAAUAUUAAUGGCUAAAAAGUUUUUACUUGAUGCCGGCUCUCGCAGUUGCAUUUAAAACGCGCGUUUGCAAAGGCGUCUGAGUUGUGGAGAAACUGAAAAGAAUAUAUACUUAAGCACAGCAGUAUUAAACAAAAAUAAAAACGAAUUGAACUUGAAGUGAAAUGCUAAAGAUUUCAGUGAUGUUGCUCUUCAUUCAUUUACAAGCCGUAAAAGCUACCCGCCCGGAUACGAUAACAUUCCCCAAGAAUGAUGACUUCAAGAGCAACUGCACUUUAUCAAAUGGUCAGCCGGGAGUUUGUCGCAGUUUAGUAGAUUGUGGAACAGCCUUGAAUGAGAGGAAAGUGAGGCCAAAAACGUGUUACUUUGAAGGGAGCGAGCAAUUUGUUUGUUGUCGCGUGCAACGACCCGCCGAAAUCGCUUGUACUGACUUCACCACUCCGCGUCCGGAAGUGACCAAUGGUCUGCCAACUGAAGCAAACGAGUUUCCUUUUAUGGUCGCUCUUGGUUGGGCUACACCGCAAUCGAAUGUUUACGAAUAUAAAUGCGGCGGCGCAUUGAUAAGCCACAAUUGGGUUUUAACUGCUGCACAUUGCGCUUCCGUGGGAGGCGGCGCGCCGGUUGUGGUUCUCCCCGGUGGUGUUAACUUGACUAAUACCGAAUUCAAACCAACACAAAUCGAAAAGGUUGUUGUGCAUCCAAAAUAUGAGCCUACCACAGCGUAUGAUGAUAUUGCGUUGAUAAAAUUGAAAAGUCAACCCGGAGAAACGCAGCCAGCAUGUAUUGCCGAUCAUUUGCCUUUAGUCAAUCAAAAUGCAACUGCCAUUGGGUAUGGAGAUACUGUCUUUGGUGGCCGCCCAUCCGAUCAGCUGUUGAAGGCUUAUCUCUCCACCGUCGAUACGUUUCUGUGCCAAUUCUUCUUUGCCGAUCUGGAUGCGUUGCCAACUGGCCUAAUGGAUACACAUUUGUGUGCAAAAGAUUUGCAAUUCAACAGAGAUACAUGCCAAGGUGACUCCGGUGGUCCAUUAGUACUACACCUACCUAAUGAGUACGAAUCGGUUCCUUACAUAAUUGGUGUCACUUCAUUUGGCUUGGGGUGUGCGACUAAUUCUCCGGGAAUUUACACGAAUGUAGCAAAAUAUUUGGACUGGAUUGAACCAAUCAUAUGGCCACAAUAUUCAUUGAGCAAAACUUAAUUCGGCAACAGAAUAAUAGUUUAUGAAAUCACGAAAAAGUAAUACUCUGAAUGAGUUUAGCAAAUCUCAUAGGGCUAGUCAAAAAAUAUGUAAAUAUGAAUUAUAGUAAAAAGCUCUUCUAGUGAGGCCUAAAUUAUUAAGUAUUAGUUUUUGCUUGUUAUUUCUUCAUAUUUUUAUUUUGCAUCAGAUAUGUUUAGCACGCUUUUGAUUUUUCGCUAUGUGACAUUUUCAAAGAGAGAUCUCAUCAGAAUCUCAUUGCUCUCAUUAGUCUGUUCCAGUACCCAUCAGUUUUACAGGCAUUACUGAAAAGUACAUAUGUACAUUGGGGCAUAUUUAUA